AUGCCACUCCAUAUCUCACAAGUCUUGCAUUCCGGCAAGGAGUGGCUCGCAUCGCCGCUUCGAGCAGCUUAUGGUUUCCUCUUUCCGCCUCUCGACCAUCUCUUUCUGGACCAUGCAGAUGAUGCAGGAGUGACGAGCGGAUCCGUCUGGACUGGCAGCAACGCUCCCAAAUCGUUACCGUUCGGUCGAGGCACCAGCACUACCGCCUCCUCCAUGUCCGCCUUCCAUGCCGACGACUCCUUGGACCAGCUCGACGCAUGGGACAGCUUCUCUGACAGCCCAUGGAGCUUUGUCACCAGCCGCUACGCCAUUGCCUUGAUCAUCGUUGUCAUCGUCAACAACCGGGUGCAGCACAUCUGCAGGCCGCGAGGUGGCGCAACUGCACGACUCUCCCCACUUCAGCGAGUCGCUCUCCGUAUACCCAGUCUCGUCCUGCUGGCUCGUUCCGUACUCAUCCUCACCACCAUCGUCGCCGAUGCCUUCUUGUCCGAAUCCAGCCCUGUCAACGCCCUGUUGCGCACGUGCACCACCACCUCAUGGCGAAAAGCCUGGCUUGCAGACACGCCUAUCUCCGGCUGGGCUCUGGACAGGUUUGGCUCAAGUAGCAGAGAUGCCCUCCUUCGUACCCGAGACGCUUCCGCACUCUGGGCCGCCUUUACCUCGACAUGCGUUGGUGUCAUCACCGAAACCGUUGUGCGCAAUCUGGACGCGGAUCGCGAGGAGCCACCCGCUUUCAAUCUGGUUGGCUUUGCCUUUCUGCUUCACUUUCACUCGUUUUCGCCAGACGCCCCCGCCAACGAGCACGUCUAUCUGUGUGUCCUGCUUCAGGUGCUUCAGAUUUUUACCAUUGCGCUGUCCAGAUGUCGUCGCCCGGUCUUUGCGCGCAGGCUCGUCAUCUCGAGCCUGUUUGGCGUUCUGGCGCUCUUGCACUAUGCUCUCGCUGCUAAAUCCGGUCGAUAUCCCUUUCUCGAAGCGCUCACCCGCACGCCCGAGAUCGCGCUUGUCUUGGUCGUGCUGCUCACCGUGUCGUUGCACGCGCUCACCAUGUUACUUCUCGAAGGCUCAAUACAGCCGCAUCGCCUCCUCUUUUCACGCUCCAACCUGCCUUCCCUCGACGAAGACUUUUCCCUGGCGCUCUUCAAGCUCGGUACGGCCUGCAUGGAGUCGACGCGCUUGACCGGCCUAGAACGAGAAAUGGAGCCGCUGAUUGCCUGGGACGCACCUUACAUCGAGCUCAGCUCCAGCGGCCGCAUCCAGCUCGUGGAUCCGCUUGUUUCGCGAGGUACUCCUGCCCAUCACCGACUCGACGCCUCCUCCUACGAGAGCGGCGGUGACGUGAGCGGACUCUCGCGUCAAGUCAAAGAGGUCCGCAUCGAGCCGACACUGCACGGCGGUGCUUCUUCCACCUUUGGACACGCAGGGCUGGCUCGCAUCCGCGCACUGUUGCACUUUAUCGUUGCAACAUUGCUUGUGACUCGCAGCCUCGCCGUCAUGGGUUUGCGAAAGAUGCUGCGUACCGUGGGUGUAGCGGAUCCGAGCGUUCCACGGUGGGUCUACCGCGGACUACGCCUUGUUCGGCUCGUCUGGCACGGCCGCAAUGGCGAAGCUCGCAGAAGGGAGCGACGGGAAGCCGCUGAUGCUCAAAGACGUCUUGAGCAACAGCAGCGACAGCAAACGCAAGAUCGACUGCAACAGCAGCAUCGUAUUGCCACACCCUCGUCGUCGUCUCACGUAGUCGACUCUGCUUGGGUCGAGUCAAGAUCCCAAAGACAGAGAGGUGCAGAAUCGCACGACAGACAGGGUAGCGAGCAAGCAUUCGCUGGGUCCGAGUCGCAACGCUUCGAAUUGGCAGAUAGCGGCAGAAGGUCAGCGGGCGAGGAGUUGGAGGUCGAUAGCGAUCAAGAAGACGACAACUACGACAUUACAGCCGUAGAGAGAGAGGCUGGUUACGAUUCAGAUGGUGUCGACACCGAGGAAGGCGACACGGACGAGUUCGAGAUGGAGACCGACGAGGUGUCUGGUUUGCUCGAGGAGCUGGGAUCGUUUGCUGCCGAUGACACGGCCUCGAGCAGCUCGCAGUUGACGCUGCAUUCGGGUACAGAAGCAUUCAACCAACUCCUGCUCGCCCAUCUCACCCAACCACGCGGUCAAGCACCUCUCACACGCUCCGCUUACAACACGCUCCUCCAUUUCUCAUCCACCGCGACCACCGACUCGAACAUGUUCCCAUCCGACUUGCAUCUCGCACAGUCGUUGAUCCAACGUCGCGCAUCGACAGCAACCACACAGCGCGGCUCUCUGACCGACGACUCUCGCCGACUCUGCGUCGUCUGCUGCACCGAAGAGCGAAACGUCAUUUGCUGGCCCUGCCGCUGUCUGUGCCUCUGCAUGGACUGUCGUGAACACCUUGCUUCCAGGCCUCCAGCUCGUCGAUCCUCGAUCGCAAGCAGACAGAGCGAUGACCCCACCCAUCUCUGCCCCACCUGCAGGACUCCGGUUCAGGCUUUCAGCCGGCUGUACAUCCCAUAA